UGAAGGUCAGAUUAUUUAUUAUGCAUAGUAAUAGGCCUUUUCACAGGAUACACUGACUUGCUGACAUUUUGAAAGAGUGUCUCCCAACAUCAGAUCAGAGGAAAUUAACUGCUCAAAUAUAAGGUAAUGAGAAUGGCAUUAGCAUCAGGGAGUAUUCUUACAACCCAUGUACUAAACACAGCUAAUGGAAUUCCAGCAGCACACUUGAGCCUUAGCAUUCACAGAGCACAUUCAGAUCACUCAGAGUGGAAUUUCAUCUCUACUGGGAUCACAAAUUCUGAUGGUCGCUGUUUUAAUCUCCUUACUUCAGAAACAUUCACUCCUGGGAUAUAUAAAAUUCGUUUUGAAACUGGAGAUUACUGGAGUAAAUUGGGAGAGGUCAGUUUUUACCCAUAUGUGGAGAUCAUAUUUAAUAUUACUGAUCCAACUCAGAAAUAUCAUCUUCCUUUGCUGAUCAGUCGAUUCUCCUACUCUACCUACAGAGGAAGCUGAACUGAUAAAUAUUGAAAAUGAAGUGGAUUUGAUAGAAAUUAUUGUUAGAAAAUAUAAGGUGUGCCAAAAAUGUAAUAAAGGUUUUUUGGCUGUCCAAAAUAUUUGUUCUUGCUUGUGCUAGUUUAUUAAUAAACUGAAAUCAAUAUUUCAGCA